GGGGCGGCGCAUGCGCGGGGCGACCUGUGGCCAGUGCGCCGCACUGGGUCCCUUUUCCUCACGCGGUGGCUGUUACUUUAUAGCUGCCGGGUCCUUGUGAGGGUGAUGGAUUUUGAGAAUCUUUUCUCCAAGCCCCCCAACCCGGCCCUGGGUAAAAAUCCGACCACGGACUCUGAUGAAAGAAUCGAUGAUGAAAUAGAUGAUACAGAAGUUGAAGAAACACAAGAAGAGAAAAUAAAAUGGGAAGUAAAACUGGAGUGUGAGCAAAUACCCAAAAAAUUUAGGCACUUGGGGAACUCUACAGCAUCACCGAAGAAAUUGCUACAUAGAAAAUCAAGAAGUAAGGACUAUGAUGUAUAUAGUGAUAAUGAUACCUGCAGUCAGGAAUCAGAAGAUACUUUUGCUAAAGAGCUUCAGCAGUAUAUACAAGCUAAAGAAAUGGCAAAUGCUGCUCAAUCCUUACCAUUUCCUGAAGAAUUGAAGAAAGAGGGAGUGAAGGACACCCAGAAAGUUGUUAAACAAAAAAAUAAAAACCUUAAAGCUGUACAGAAAAAUGGUAAACAGAAGAAAAUGAAGCGAAAAUGGCCUGGCGCCGGACACAAAGGAUCCAACGCUUCACUGAGGAACAGUGGCUCACAGGAACAGGAUGGUAAACCGAAAGAGAAGCAGCAGCAUGUGAGAAUGAGUCAGGGAUUCAUCAACCAACAUACAGUGGAACGCAAGGGGAAACAAGUUUGUAAAUAUUUUCUUGAAAGGAAAUGUAUUAAGGGAGACCAGUGUAAAUUUGAUCAUGAUGCAGAGAUAGAGAAGAAAAAGGAAAUGUGCAAGUUUUAUGUACAAGGAUAUUGUACCAGAGGUGAAAAUUGUCUGUAUUUGCAUAAUGAAUAUCCUUGCAAGUUUUACCAUACAGGAACAAAAUGUUAUCAGGGUGACUAUUGCAAGUUUUCACAUGCUCCACUGACUCCUGAAACACAAGAAUUGUUGGCCAAAGUUUUGGAUACUGAGAAGAAGUCAUCAUGAAAAUAAAGUUUGAGAGAGCACGCGAGCAGGAAAGGGGCAGACAGAAUCCCAAGCAGGCGGCUCAGCACUGUCAGUGCAGAACCCAGUGUGGGGUUCGAACUCAUGAAUUGUGAGGCCAUGACCUGAACCGUAAUCAAGAGUCGGCUGCUUAACCGACUGGGCCACCCGGGCGCCCCUCAACAUAUUUUCUUUACUCUUUUAAGCCAUUUUGAUUUGGGUUCUCUGUUACCUACAGUCAAGGGCAAGCUAAUAAAUGUGAGCCAAGAAUCAAACCUCCAUUUGUCUGUCCAAAGUUCGUGUUUCUCUCCAAUCACCUUCUUCCUUGAAGACUGUGUUUCCUGUCUCUGUUCCUGCAGACAGGAGAGAGUAAGAAAUGGGUGUGAGAAAGGAGGAAACAGGACAGUAGGGAGUGCUCUGUUCCCAGCAUGGAGCAGAAACUGGGAAGGAAAAGAUCUAUUUAAAGCAAAGGAGAGAAUGUAUAUGUUGAGUUGGGAAGGGUAAGAUUCCCAGCUCAGCUCAAAGUGAUACUGAUUCCUGUGAAAUUUGCAACACUCUUCACAUUACUUAAAAAUAAAAUAAGAAAAAAUAGCCAUAUCUUUAGUUGCUGUGUGUCAUUCUGGGAUAUGCAUUUUCAUAGUUAACAUCUCUGAAAUUGGAAUGUAUUUUACAGCUGGUGGAAUAUCACAUUUUACUCGGCAGGUUAUUUUUUCUUACUGGUACAUAAAAAAUGGUGGAUCUUAUUAGUGACAUUCGUGUAUGAUUGAAUGUAAUUUUUUAACUGAACUUAUAUGUGCGUAUAGUCAAAAGUUUAUUGUGACAUAAGUUGUUAGGAAAUUUAUUUUGGAUUAAUAAAUUAUGAAAACAUAAAAAGUUUUUUGUGUGAAAAAGAGUGGUUCCAUGUCUCCCAACUUCCCCUGCCCCCUUAGUGGUAGGCAGAAUUCAGAUGGCUCCCAAGAUCCUUUGCCCUUGGUGCACACCACCCGUUUAAUCACUUCCCUCUGUGGGCAUUACUAUACGAUGGAUUUUACUCCCAUGCUUAUCUUUUAUUAUAUGUCAAAGAUGAAGUGGUUUUAUCUUUGGUAUAAUUGGGGUCUUAAGUCAGUUGGUUUGGAAUUUAAUCAAGAGGGAGAUGAUUCCCAAGUAGGCCUAAGGUAUAAUCAGAUGAACCCAUAAGAGACUGGGGCCUUCCUAAGGCCAAAGAUUGGAACGGAACUUCUCUUACUGGCUUUGAAGAAAUGAGUUGCCAUGUUAUGAGAGGGCCAUGUAUCUAGAGCUGAGAACAACCUUCAAAUGACAUGGAAGAAAUGAGAACUUCAGUCUUAAAACCACAAGUUAUUGAAUUCUGCCAACCACUUGGAUGAACUUGGAACAGGUGGUCCAGGCUCAUUUUGUAUGUUCCCACCUGAGCCCUCACAUCAGCCAUUUCUCAAAGGGGCCCAGAUUCCUUCUAAUAGAAUAGUAUUCAUAAUCUGAGAUGUAGGUGCUGAAUGUGCUUACUGCUAUUGUGCCUGGUCAGAUGAAAACAGGCCCUGAGAAUAUAGUGUGAACUGUCCUGCAGAUCAAAAAGUGACAGUCUGGGGAUGCCUGGGUGGCUCAGUUGGUUAAGCAUCCGACUUCAGCCUAGGUCAUGAUCUUGCCAUUCCUGAGUUCAAGCCCCGCAUCAGGCUCUGUGCUGACAUCUCAGAGCCUGGAGUCUGCUUCAGAUUCUAUAUUUCCCUCUCUCUGUCUCUGUCUCUCUCUCAAAAAUAAACUCAAAAAAAGUUACAAAAAUGUGAUAGUCUGGGGGGAAUGGGGCUUUUGAGGAGCUCUAAAUCUGUCCUCCCCUCUCGGAAGACCGCUAUGGUUAGGAUACCGGUUUUCACAGUUACUAUAGUUGUGGGCUGUUGAUCUUCAAGGCUACUCUGGAGCUGGGGAGAGGAGAAUGAGAUUAGGGCAAGUCAUUGCCACAAGUCAUUUUAACAAGAUUCAGCUGUCUUUCUUGAGUAAAUUCUCUGUCGUAAGCCGUUAAUUUCUAGAUACCUGAAAAAAUUGGUUUUGACUGUCUUUGCCAUUUCUCUCAUGCCUUUUAUGGGGUGGUGGAUUUUCAGAGAUCCUUGGUCUGCCAUUCCGGAAGUAGAAACGCUGGUUCACUUUCAAGUAUUGUUUGACAUCAUAAUACAUUUUUUUCCUCCUCACAUCUGCACUUCAGAAAUACUUACUUGUGACCGGUAUAAAGACUGAAUGUGUGCCAGCUUAUAGUCCUUUUAUUUCAGAAUUCCCCCUUUCCUGCCUCCCUGUCCAGGGACUCGUCUUUCUGGCAGGAUGCUCCUUGUUUCUGAGUAUUCAGGCCCUUCACUCCAGUUCCAAAAACUUAACUGCCUGUUUUAGGAGUUCCACAGAAGUGGUCUCAUUUGCCAUUCGCAUAAGUCUAAGAUAAAUACUAGUUCUAUAUCCCAGCUGUGUCCUAUGCAAAAAUACUUCAAAUUUAUUUGCCUGCAUGUGUUGCUUGGCAGGUAUAUUUGUUACAUAAUAAUAUAAACUGGGCUUUAAUCUUGGACUUCCUGAACAAAUUUGUGAUUCAGCCCCAUAUCUGCUGACACACCAGCUCUUUUCAAGCUUUUCUGUAUGCCCACGGACUGCAGGCCAAUUUAAACUUCCUCGUGUAGCUGAACUCAGUGAGGUGAACCCGGAAUCAACAGAAAUGCUCCUUAUUUCAGCCAAAUGCCCAUAAAACAGUCAUUUCGGUCCACGAAGAAGGAAAACCUGGUCCCAGUGAAUUCCUGAUUGUCUCGGAGUCUGAAUGCCUGUCCUUGUGCCGCUGUGAAGGGUUCUGUGUUCUCCCCGAGCCGGGGGGAGAUGAUGUGCAAGGCCCCGCAGGAAGCAGAAACCUGGCCAGCCUGCCCUGGCCCCUGCUGCCCCAGCCUGCCAGCAGUUCUGCGGGGCUGUGUUCUUUGGGAUGCACCUCCGGCUAAAUCCGUACCAGGAGAAAGCAAAAGGAAAAGAAUGACCCUGACUUUCUCAAUGGGAUGUGCGGGCCCCUCCGUCUGGGAGCCGAGAGGCAAGACAGAGAAGAGAUUGCCCUGUAACAAAUGAGGAGACACUGCUGGUGCCCAUGGGGCCUCUGUUUUGUCAAAUCUCCACCGGGCUGUAACAAGGCCGUGGUGUGGGAGCUGCAUGAAGCAUCGUGACAGGCCUCCUGGGCCUGCCCUGGAAUCGGCAAGGCUCCUUUGUUCAAUGCCCCAGGUCAGAAUCCAGGAUUGGAAGAUGGGGGUUCACGACCUCAGUAGCACCUGCAGGUGUCAGUCGCCUUGUUGGCCUGCUUUCCUCUGAGGCCUCGCCCACAUCUCCUCUGUCACCAGGGGACAGCUUUAGUGAACAUCAGGCAAGGUGCCCUUCACCCUCCACCCUCUUCUAGGUCUAGCAGCCCUCGAACCCCUUGUCUUAAAUUGCCUUCUCUAUUCUGGAAGCAACACAAGGGUAUUCAAUGUCUCUGUCUUGUUCAAGGUGGUAUUCCCUGAAGGAUCAGGCACAUAGAAGACCCUCACUCAGUGUUCGUUAAAUUAUUAAAAUAUUCAAACCUUAAA